GGGCAGUCUCCGGAAACGCGAUUCGCAGCGGGCGCCGGAAGCGGUCUUGUGUCUGCAGCUCUGGCAGAGGACUGUUCCGCUAGACACGCUGAAGGCACUGGGUACGUGUUUUCCUUCAGGACCAGAGCUGAGAGGAGCUGGGAUCGCGGCGGCAAUGGAACGGGCCUCAGAAAGGCGCACGGCCAGCGCGCUUUUUGCGGGGUUCCGGGCCUUGGGACUUUUCAGCAACGACAUUCCACACGUGGUGCGGUUCAGCGCGCUCAAGCGCCGGUUCUAUGUAACAACCUGCGUGGGCAAGAGUUUCCACACCUAUGACGUUCAGAAACUUAGUCUGGUUGCAGUAAGUAAUUCUGUUCCACAGGAUAUCUGCUGUAUGGCAGCUGAUGGCAGAUUAGUCUUUGCUGCUUAUGGAAAUGUUUUCUCUGCAUUUGCCCGUAAUAAAGAGAUAGUACAUACCUUUAAGGGUCAUAAGGCAGAAAUCCAUCUCUUGCAACCCUUUGGAGACCACAUUAUCUCUGUUGAUACUGACAGCAUUCUUAUUAUUUGGCACAUAUAUUCAGAAGAAGAAUACCUGCAGUUGACUUUUGAUAAAUCAGUAUUUAAAAUUUCUGCAAUUUUGCAUCCAAGUACCUACUUGAAUAAAAUACUUCUGGGCAGUGAACAAGGAAGCCUGCAGUUGUGGAAUGUAAAAUCCAAUAAACUUCUAUAUACAUUUCCAGGAUGGAAAGUUGGAGUGACAGCUCUUCAGCAGGCACCAGCCGUGGAUGUUGUUGCUGUUGGUCUUAUGUCAGGUCAAGUUAUCAUUCACAACAUUAAAUUUAAUGAAACAUUAAUGAAGUUUCGUCAAGACUGGGGACCCAUUACUUCAAUUUCAUUUCGCACAGAUGGUCAUCCAGUAAUGGCAGCUGGAAGCCCAUGUGGCCAUAUUGGACUCUGGGAUCUAGAAGACAAAAAAUUAAUCAACCAAAUGAGAAAUGCACACUCUACAGCAAUUGCCGGACUGACAUUUCUCCAUAGAGAGCCACUUCUUGUCACAAAUGGCGCUGACAAUGCUCUUAGGAUAUGGAUAUUUGAUGGUCCUACAGGUGAAGGCCGACUUUUGAGAUUCAGAAUGGGUCAUAGUGCUCCUCUUACCAAUAUCAGAUAUUAUGGACAGAAUGGACAGCAGAUUCUAAGUGCAAGUCAAGAUGGAACUCUUCAGUCAUUUUCCACGGUACAUGAAAAAUUCAAUAAGAGCUUGGGACAUGGAUUAAUAAAUAAAAAGAGAGUUAAACGUAAAGGACUUCAGAAUACCAUGUCAGUGAGACUUCCACCCAUCACAAAGUUUGCAGCAGAGGAAGCUCGUGAAAGUGACUGGGAUGGUAUCAUUGCUUGCCAUCAAGGUAAGCUAUCUUGCUCAACCUGGAAUUAUCAGAAAUCUACAAUAGGCGCUUACUUUCUCAAGCCAAAAGAGUUGAAGAAAGAUGACAUAACUGCAACAGCAGUGGAUAUAACUUCUUGUGGAAACUUUGCUGUAAUUGGCCUCUCGUCAGGAACUGUAGAUGUAUAUAACAUGCAGUCUGGCAUACAUCGAGGAAGUUUUGGCAAGGAUCAAGCUCACAAGGGAUCUGUUAGAGGUGUCGCAGUGGAUGGAUUAAACCAGUUGACAGUUACAGCUGGUAGUGAAGGAUUACUCAAAUUCUGGAACUUUAAAAACAAAAUUUUAAUCCAUUCUGUGAGCCUCAAUUCAUCUCCAAAUAUCAUGUUGCUACAUAGGGACAGUGGCAUUCUGGGACUCGCCUUGGAUGACUUCUCCAUUAGCGUUCUGGACAUAGAAACUAGGAAGAUUGUCAGAGAGUUUUCUGGACACCAAGGCCAAAUCAAUGACAUGGCUUUUAGUCCUGAUGGUCGUUGGUUAAUAAGUGCUGCGAUGGAUUGCUCUAUUAGGACUUGGGACCUUCCUUCUGGGUGCCUUAUAGACUGCUUUUUGUUGGACUCGGCUCCUCUCAAUGUUUCUAUGUCUCCUACUGGAGACUUUCUGGCAACUUCCCAUGUGGACCACCUUGGAAUUUAUCUGUGGUCCAAUAUUUCCCUGUAUUCAGUUGUUUCAUUACGGCCACUUCCUGCAGAUUAUGUCCCUUCAAUAGUCAUGCUUCCUGGUACUUGUCAAACCCAAGAUGUAGAAGUAUCAGAAGAAACAGUAGAACCAAGUGAUGAAAUGAUAGAAUAUGAUUCGCCAGAACAGUUGAAUGAGCAAUUGGUGACUCUUUCACUUCUUCCUGAAUCACGAUGGAAAAACCUUCUUAAUCUUGAUGUUAUUAAGAAAAAGAAUAAACCAAAGGAACCACCCAAAGUACCCAAAUCAGCACCAUUUUUCAUUCCAACAAUUCCUGGCCUUGUACCCAGAUACGCUGCACCUGAACAAAAUAAUGAUCCCCAGCAGUCUAAAGUGGUAAAUCUUGGAGUUUUGGCUCAAAAAUCAGAUUUCUGCUUGAAACUUGAAGAAGGACUGGUAAAUAAUAAGUAUGACACUGCUCUCAACCUUCUGAAAGAAUCAGGCCCAUCAGGAAUUGAAACAGAGCUGCGAAGCUUGUCUCCUGAUUGUGGUGGGUCCAUAGAAGUUAUGCAGAGCUUCUUGAAAAUGAUUGGGAUGAUGCUGGACAGAAAGCGUGAUUUUGAGUUAGCCCAGGCAUACCUUGCAUUGUUUCUAAAGUUACACCUUAAAAUGCUUCCUUCAGAGCCAGUACUCCUAGAAGAAAUAACAAAUUUGUCAUCCCAGGUGGAAGAAAACUGGACCCAUUUGCAAUCACUCUUCAAUCAAAGCAUGUGUAUUUUAAAUUAUCUCAAAAGUGCUUUGUUAUAAAAAUAAAUUUGUGACUAAACAAAGACUUUCAUAUUAAAUGGGUUCAAUUGAACUCAUUUCUUAUUUUCCAAGUGUCAAUGUGAAAAGAAAAUAAAUGCUAGCACUACUGACUAGUCAGUAUAUCUCCACUUUAAAUGCUAAAUACUUUCUUGAAAUAAAAUCGCACCUCCCGGCCAGGCAUGAUGGAUAAUGCCUGUAAUUCCAGCACUUUCAGAGGCCAAAGCAGGAGGAUUGUUUGAAGCCAGGAAUUUGAGCCCAGCCUGGGCAACAUAGCAAGCAAGAUCCCAUCUCUACAAAAAGUUAAAAAAAUAAAUUACACCUGCCUUUUGUUUUGAAGACUUAAAGAAUCUGCUCAAAUGAUUUAUUUUCUGAGUCUCUUCACAUUAACUUUUAUAUGAUUUUUAAAAAAUUAUUACCUGCUUAUAUUUUUUGAGUAUCUGUUUCAUAUAAAGAGAUGUUGCAUGUUCACUGUGAAGUAUUGCUGAAUUAAAUUGAAAAUGUCAGAUAAAACUGAUACAUGAUGUAGUUAUAAAAAUGCUGUUAUGAUAUGAAGAAAAAAGGAAUGUUUUUUUCCUCAGUGGCCUUUGAUAAAAAUAUGAAUGAUUGACUCUCAGAGUUGGAGGAUAAACUAAUCAUCUUCUAGCACAGCCCUGUUGUGUUGCAGGAGAGGAAUCAGGCUAAAGGCUGCUGGUAUUUCAGUGACAGAUUGAAACUUUCUAACAGUGGCCUAGUGCUUUCUCCAUUGUAAUGUACUGAAAGGAAGUUGUUCAUGGAUCAGAAGUGUGUGAGGCCCUUCCUUGCCCAAGGCAAGUCACUGUAGACGGUUAAACUGAUACCAAGGAUAGGUAAGGGAAAUUCCAAAUUCCAUUGGAAGAUGGCCUUUUAUUGACACUACAGACAUGUAGAUAACAAUAGUUUAAUGUCCUCUGAAAAGGUAAAAAUUCCAUAAAUCCUUGCAAACAAUUUUUAGCAAUAUUGUUUAUUGCUACCACAGCCAAGAAUGGGUAUUUCAAAGCCAGGGUUUUUUUUAUUUUGUUUUUUUUUUUUUUUUUUUUUUUUUUUUUUUUGGCUACACUUUUUUGGGGGGGACCUUUUAAUUUGGGAAGAAAAUGCUGAGUAUACUUUUCUUUCACAACCAUUGCAAACCCAGGUAGCCCUGGAGUUUUCUUUUUUUCUCAUCAUCAUUGUUUUGUUUUUUUUUAUGGUUCAAGACUUUUGCAAUACAUGAAUUAAAAAUAAGCAGUUCUUUAAAGCAUAGCACUCUAAAAACUAUUCUUAGUUUAUACACUCAAAAGUUGGGUCUUUCAUGAAACGCAGUGGUUUGAAUAUGAACACCAGUAGCAUUCUCGUUCGUUGUUAGGGUAAGAUAGUUUUAUAGAAUGAUCUCCAAAAGAAGCAGUCCUCAAAAGGCAUUUACCAGUGAUAUCUUUUAAUAUUCAUGUUUUUAUUUAAUGAUGUAAGAUAGAAUUAAUAAACUACUAAGGAAAUAAGCCAAUCUGGUUAUUGUACUCAAUUUCGUUUUUCUUUUAGAAAUGUGUAUUGACUUAUUAAAGCCACUGACAGAAAUGUUAAUCAUGACUUAAGUUCUAAUUUAAAAAACUAUUUUCCUCUUUCCUAAAUACUAUAUUCUAAAUUGGAAUAUGGCAAAAUUCCAAUAUAUAAUUCUAUACCUAGUAAAGAUUGUAAAUAACUAAAACAAAAUGAUAAGAGCUGUGAACUGAAAUUGUAUUGCUUACAGAAAUCAUGAACCGAAUUUUCUUCUCUUUUUAAAGUGAGCAUAUAGACUUAAGUGUAUUGUUACCAGAGAUAUAUUUAGAUAGUAUACAUCAUUUUGGCAGGUAAUCUUCUAGAACCUUUCAUGUACUGUUUCCAUCAAGGGAGGGAAAGAAAUACAAAAUAUAAUUUUAUCUAUAUUUUCCUUAAAAUAUAUCAAUCUGCACACUAUCUUUAAGUUUUUUAAUUACUCAUGUAAUAUAUGACUACAUUUUGCUUGUGUGCUUUUUGAAAACCAUCUUCAGUCCCAAUAUCCUCUGUAGAAGUAAUAGUUUUAACUCUCCUAGAUCUUCUUUUAGAGUGUUUUUAUGAGUGUUUAAUGUAGGAAUGUGUAUAUAUUAUCUACAGCCACAGGAAAUGUAUAGUUACGAUUUUUACAUACGUGUAUGUAUAUUAUUGUACAACUUGCUAUUUGGGAGUUUUUUAUUUUGGUACAUUCACAUUUACCUAAUCUCUUGCACUGUCCAACAGUACUUUGCCUAUAAUAGACACUUAAGGAAGUUUUCCUUCUUUUUAUUCCUUUAUAAUUACAAACAAUGCUGAAAGGAACAUCAUCCUACAUGAGCCCUUUUUGUACAUAUAAGGCUUUCUCUGUGGUAUAUGCUUAGGAUUUGAAUUUCAGGCCAGAGUAUAACCAUUUUUAAUUUGAAGAGAUACUUCCAUUUGGGUUCCAGAAUGGCUGUAUCAAGUUACAGUUCCCCUGAGCAACAUAUGAGCAUCUGCUUCCCCAUGUAAUUAAUGACACUUGCUAUUGGAUUUUUGUAAUUUAAUUACUCUGAAAAAAUUAUUUUGGUUUUAAAUCAGAAAUUUCUCACUAGUGAAGAUGGACAUAUUUUUGUAUGUUUAUUUUAGAACAUAUAAACAUUUGUUAAUUGUCUUUUUCCUCUCAUUUUUCUAUUGAAUGAUUUGUCCUUUUAUCUCAUGGAUUUGUUAGGAGUUCUCUUGUAUUUUCUGUAUUUUAUGUCUGUUGCCAAUGUUUUCUCCUACUUAGCCAUUUGGCUUUAAUUUUACAUGGUGUCUGUUUAAAUAAAUGUUUUAUAUUUGUAUACAAUCAAAUUGAUUAAUUUUCAUGACUUAUUUCAGGAUAUAAAGCAAAUUAUUUUCUAAGACAUUUACAGUGUACGUUUUCCUAUGUUUACAUGUGCUCAUUUCAUGUCAUGUAUUUUCCUCUACAUGUUUCUGUGUGAGUAGUUAACGUGUAGAUCUUUAGAAUUGAUUUUUGUGAAGAGUGAAACAUACAGCGCUGCUUCCAAUAUCUGUUCAAAAUUCAUUUAUUGAAAAGUCCACUCAUAUGUCUGAUUUGAAAUGCUGUUUCAUUAUGUGUUAAAUUCUUUCAUUGAGCUCUUCCAUAUUCCUAAUAAAUGAUGCAUUACUUUGGUAUGUUCUCAGAUUUGGGGUAAAGCCUUCCUAAUGUUCUAUAAAAAUUUGUUAACUGCUGGUGAGCACAUCUCUUGAAGUUUUGAUAUGGGUUGCACAACAUUUAUAGGACUGAUUUGGAGAGACCGACAAUACCGAGUGCAGUCCUCCCUUGGUAUCUAGUUCCAGGACCCCUGUGGAUACCAAAAUCCAAGCAAUGCCCUGCAGAUCGUGGGACCUAUGCAUAUGAAAAGUCGGUCCUUGUAUUUGAGGGUUUUGCAUCCCUCAAAUACCAUAUGUUUUAUUUGUGUUUGGUUGAAAAAAGUUUGCAUAUAAGUGAAACUUAGCAUUUCAAACCUGUGUUGUUCAAAGAUCAUUUGUAUUUCUCUUCAAGAACAAUGAAUGUCUUCAUUAAAUCAUCUUUUGUGGGAGAGCUUUUGGUUUCAUAGAUUUUCAUAUAUAUAUAUAUGAUAUAAUAAACACUUUUUGACAUUC